AUGGACCUUGAGAUGGGAUUCGAACUCGGCACUAACCGCGAGAUAAAGUCUGCAAGCGAUUCUGAAGCUCAAAAAGCCAAAACCGCUCGAGGAGUGAAGAAAUCGGAGGAGACAGAGAAUCAGCUGAAUGAGCUGGAGCAGAGACUGGCUCAGACCGAGAAGAUGCUCAACACCAUCCUGACACAGCUGGACCCGCUUACCAACUGUGUGAAGUCUGUUGCCAUGGAGCAGAAGAGCGAGAUCAUGUCGCAGCUGCAGUGCAUUCGGCAGCUAAUGAAGAAGAGAGGCAUGGAGUGUCCAAACAUCAGGAUAGAAGAGCCGACAUGUGAGCGCAACCUAGACAAACUCAUUGAGACUUUGGCCGCAGUCGAGACGCUUCCAGAAACUCAGAUGGAAUCACAAACACCCACUGAAACGCAGCCACAUGAUCACCGAGAGCUCAGGCCUGAGUCUGAGGGAGAGGAGGAGGAGGAGGGGGGUCACACUUUGAUUGACGACAAUAACUAA